CCGGCGGCGCCCGCGGGCCGGCGCGCGGCGGCCCCGCGGGCGGCCGCCCCGCCCGCCAGCUUCGCCAUCGAGGACCUGGCCCAGUUCCCCGGCGCCCGGAAGACGCUGCGCAAGGAGCUCGCCGAGUCGGUGGCGAUGGCCACGGCGAGGGCGGAUGCUGCGGAGCGCAUCGAGGAGGUAGAGGCCCUCGAGAAGGAGCUGGCGUACCUCGCCGCUGAGCUGUCGAUGCAGCGCGUGGCGGCGGAGACUGGCGAGCCGGUGCCGCGCUUCAAGGAGCGCGGCGGGGCGGCGCUGGCGAAGGCGGCGGGCCGCGGCUCCGGGGCGGCCCGCGCGGCGGCACCGCGGCCGGAGCUGCAGGAGUGGGCGCGCGGAGAGCUCGGGGAGGAGCGCCUGGACAUCAUCCCCGCCGUCAGGGCGGCCGUCGAGGCGGCGACGGGCACCGGCAAGGAGGCGGAGGACGAGGAGAGUCUUACCUCGCGGCUGCGCUUCGCCCUGCCGCUGGUGCCCCUGGCGGCCGUCCCCCUCCUGCAGGCGAAGGACAAGGCCGACCGCUCGGCCCAGCUCCUCACCACGACGCUGCCGCCCGGCAGCCUGCCCUACUCGGAGCUGGGGUGGUCCCCGCCCAUCGACUCCCUGGCGUACGACACGAUGAUGAGGGAGUUCCCGAAGUCCCUCCCCGCGAUCAGCGUCUUCGAGCGCUCGCGGCUUUUCCUGACACAGAACUUCGGCAUGACGCCCGACAACACCAUCCUCGGCACGAGUAUUUGCCCCGACGAGAUCAACAAUCUGGAGGGUGGCGUCGCCUCCCUCGCCAAGAAGUACUGGGGCGAGGUCUUCACGCUGGGCGGCCUCGGAGGCGUGCCCUCGGUCGGCAAGACGGGCUGGGGCGCGUUCUCGCACCACGCCCCGGAGGAUGGCAGCAUUUUCGUCGUCUACGGCCCCCACGUUGGCAUCUCUGACAUAGGAGAGGUGGGCAAGUACAACCGGAAGGGCCAGACCGGGGAGACGAGCGCCUGCGGAGCCUUCGUGGGCGCGUACAGGCAGGCCGCGAGCUGGGCGGGGGAGCGGGAGCUGCUGGAGAGGAACGACGCGCAGCAGCAGUUCAUACGGGCACAGCUGGCGCCGCUGACGGCGGGAAUCGCCCGUGCGGAGAGCCCGAUGACGGACCUGGCCUUGAAGGCAUUCGAUAUCGUCGACAGGCAGCUGGAUGAUGUCAUCGACCUCGACGCCCUCGGCAACGGCGGGAAGCUCGUCCUGCUCGGGGGCAUACAGGUCAACACUCCCAGGGCCUUCCCAGACCACUUCCAGCCGAUGCGGUUCGAGGGGCGCCUCUGCCUGGCAGAGGCACACCUGCCAUUCGCGAUGUAG